AUGCAGAAAAGCAGGGGGCAGAGUAGAAGACAUGGAAGAAGGAGCCACCGACACAACCCUUGGUUCAGACAGCAUGGUUCUAAUGAGAGGAAUAAUACAAGGGUACAGCAAAGCCCACAGGGUUCCAGCCACAGCGAUGAUGAGGCCCCGUCGACCUCCUCCAGCACAGCUGGCAGUUCUUCUGUGCUAGAUCUACCAGGUUAUUACUUUGACCCUGAAAAGAAACGCUACUUCCGCUUGCUCCCUGGACAUAACAACUGCAACCCCCUCACGAAGGAGAGCAUCCGGCAGAAGGAAAUGGAGAGCAAAAGGCUGCAGCUGCUAGAGGAAGAGGACAAGCAGGGAAAGGUAGCCAGGUUGGGAUUUAAUGCAUCUUCCUUACUACAAAAAAGCAAGCUGGGUUUUCUCAACGUCACCAGUUACUGCCGUUUAGCCAAUGAGCUGCGAGUGAGCUGCAUGCAGAGGAAGAAGGUCCAAAUUCAGAGCUCGGAUCCCUCCGCUUUGGCAAGUGACCGAUUUAACCUGAUACUGGCGGAUACCAACAGUGACCGGCUCUUCACCGUGAACGAUGUCAAAGUCGGGGGCUCCAAGUACGGCAUCAUCAACCUGCGUGGCCUGAAGACCCCCACGCUCAGGGUGCACAUGCAUGAAAACCUCUAUUUCACCAACCGGAAGGUGAACGCUGUGAGCUGGGCCUCGCUGAAUCACCUGGAUUCCCACAUUCUGCUGUGCCUCAUGGGAAUUGCAGAGACUCCAGGCUGUGCCACCCUGCUCCCAGCGUCAUUGUUUGUCAGUAGUCAUCCAGCAGGAGACCGGCCUGGCAUGCUCUGCAGUUUCCGGAUCCCCGGGGCCUGGUCCUGUGCAUGGUCCCUGAACAUCCAGGCAAAUAACUGCUUUAGUACAGGCUUGUCUCGGCGAGUCCUGGUGACCAGCGUGGUGACGGGACACCGGCAGUCAUUUGGGACCAGCAGUGACGUCUUGGCCCAGCAGUUUGCUAUUAUGGCUCCUUUGCUGUUUAAUGGCUGUCGUUCCGGCGAAAUCUUUGCCAUUGAUCUCCGUUGUCGAAACGAGGGCAAGGGCUGGAAAGCCACCCGCCUGUUACAUGACUCAGCAGUUACCUCUGUGCAAAUCCUGCAAGAGGAGCAAUGCCUGAUGGCAUCCGACAUGGCCGGAACGAUCAAGCUGUGGGACCUGAGGACCACUAAGUGUAUUAGGCAGUACGAAGGGCACGUGAACGAGUAUGCCCACCUGCCCCUGCACGUGCAUGAGGAAGAAGGAAUCGUGGUGGCAGUGGGCCAGGACUGCUACACGAGAAUCUGGAGCCUCCAUGAUGCCCAGCUGCUCAGAACCAUACCCUCCCCACACCCCACUUCCAAGGCCGACAUUCCCAGUGUGGCCUUCUCUUCUCGGCUCGGGGGCUUCCGGGGAGCGCCAGGGCUGCUCAUGGCCAUCCGGCAGGACCUUUACUGCUUCUCCUACAGCUAA